CAACCCUAAAUCUGCAAUUGCUCAAACCCUCCUCACCUCCUGUCUCACACACUCUGCCAGUCUGCCUCACCUUCUCCAGCGUUUCGCCACUUCGAGUUCCCCUGUCGCCGCUGCGAGCCGCAUUGUCACCGCACCAGAAGCCUUGUCGCCGCCAGAUCGUCAUCGGUCCGUCUCCAUUCUGCUACCCUGCUUGGCCUCCAUCUCGCGCCUCCUCGACCUGAGAAAGUUUUUCUUUUUCUUUUUUAUAAAAACUCACCCGAGAGUGGCAUUAGGGUUUAGGGUUACAACUGCGGGAAGGAGCAAAGUGAUAAAUAACCCGUGUAACUCGUUGCCGCUUCUACACUGCAACCAUGAUCAUUCCGGAGAAGAACCGCAAGGAGAUCUGCAAGUACCUAUUCCAAGAGGGAGUAUGCUACGCGAAGAAGGACUUCAAUCUUGCGAAACACCCUGAGAUCGAUGUGCCGAAUCUGCAGGUGAUUAAGCUGAUGCAGAGCUUCAAGUCGAAGGAGUACGUUAGAGAGACGUUUGCCUGGAUGCACUAUUAUUGGUUCCUCACCAACGACGGCAUCGAGCAUCUCAGGACUUACCUCAACCUUCCUUCUGAGAUUGUCCCCGCCACUCUCAAGAAGCAGGCCAAGCUAUCUGGCAGGCCUUUUGGCGGCCCACCGGGUGACCGCCCCAGGGGUCCACCUCGCUUUGAGGGAGAGCGCAGAUUUGGUGAUCGUGAUGGAUACCGUGGAGGUCCCCGUGGACCUGGUGGUGAUUUUGGAGGAGACAAGGGUGGUGCUCCUGCUGACUACAGACCUUCUUUUGGGGGUGCUGGUGGAAGGCCUGGCUUUGGUCGUGGUGCUGGUGGUUUUGGAGGUGGUGCUCCAACUUCUUAAAUGCUUUCGAUAGUUGCCCCUUUUUGCUAGUAGAUGGCUGUCUGUUGAGUCAAUAGUAGUUUUCUACCCAGAAAUCAGAUGCUUGAUCUGUUAUUUUACAUACAUUUCGUUAUUUAUGCACUUAAGAUUUUGAAAAUGAGUCUUUUUGAUAAUUAGAAUGAUUAACUUAAUUUCAUGCUCCAUUAUCGGACUA